UUUGAUCACAACCAUAAUCUUUCCCCAAGUUAAGUGAUUUUAUUUGCUGAAAUAUAUAUAUUGUAUAAAUAAACAAAUUUUAAAAAAAUGGAGAUACAUCUACAAAAUAAACAUGCUCAUGUUCAAACCCACAAGGUAUUGUUAGAUAGUUACAUAUGAAUGGGAAUUAGGACCUCUUAAAAUGCUUAAGAAAAAUUGUAGGCCAAAGGAUCAACAUUUUUAACAGUUACCCAAGGUAAUUAUCUUACUUGCAUUUUGUAAAUGACAUUGGGACAGGUAACGUUUGUUUAUUGCUAUAAGAGCACAACAGAUUUUAGGCAGCAAAGAGAGUGGCUGCAAAUAUUUUGACUAAUAUAAAUGUAGAACAUCAGGGAUUGUAAAUGACAAAUUAAGUGUUUGAGAUCAUUAUUAUAGGCAGUUAAAAUGUUUAACACAGUCAAAGAUGAAAACAUUCAAAAAACAACAACAACAAAGUGAAUAGAACUUAGAACACAACUAUGUGCAGAACAUUCUAUGACAUCAAAGACAUUCUACAGGAGGGAGUUCACUAAGUGGAGAUCAGUUCAGGUCACACAGUCUAACGUUACAAUAAGAAAGAGUACUUUCUAAGAGACGUGAAAAUGUAUUUCCAGAGUUUGUGUCCGUAUGGACUGAAGAGCAUAAUGGAGUGUAUUUCCAGAGCGACACUCCUCUCUCAACCUACCGACAUCCCCGACUUUUUACUCCAGUAUUUAUCGGAGCUGAUCAGCUUUAGAAGAUCUCACCCUGAAGCUGAUCCCAAGGUGGUUUCUUUCCGCUACCAAGAGCUGUGGGAGAAUAAGUUCUUGAGAAACAUGAAGGGAACAACAGAGACUCCGAUCGCCACCACAGAAAAGUCUGCAGCAUCACCACAAGUUCCAUCUCAGGCCGAGAUAGAUGAGGCUCUAAAGAUGCUGUACUCAGAUUUGAUGUCUUCUAUUGAAGAAAACGUGGCAGCACGACUUCAGAGUCAAAAGGAGAGAUUGGGAACAAAAAAAACAACAGGAAAAGACAAGAAGCCCUCUACAACUCCCAUGUAUUCACCACCAACACCACCUCCCCUUGUUGGAAGACAGUUUGGGAAGAACGUACCAACAACUGUCCAUAUUGUUAAAGCAGAAGGAAAGCCUGCACCACCUCCCUGUGAUGUCAGCAUGAAGACACGUAGAGUGUCCUCAGUGAGGAUUGCUAGUCCACAGCAGAGCAAAGAAACCACUGAUGAUGUAAAGAAAAUGCCAGAAACACAUCAACGCAUGCUGAAACCAAUUCUAAAAAAAUCCUCAACACCAGAUGUGUCAGUUUCUACCCUGGUGCCCAUAAUUACACAAAAUCUUGUUCUCCCACCUAUUCCACAGAAGAAAACCAGAGGAGGCCAGGUAUAUGUGGUCCAAGGUAAUGGUGUGUCCCCUAAACCUAGGAAAGGGUCACCAAUAAACAGGGAGGUGGUGUCAGAAGAGACCAGUAGCAGGUCUCCAGUAUGCACAGCACUGGGGCCAAUAAAGGCAAAAGCAGAACCUAAAAGAGCCAGUGUACCAAGGCCAGAAAGCACUCAAGAACCAAGGGAACCAGAAACAGAGAGCACUAGUGCAGGACGUAUAACACCAAAGGUCCAGGAGCCAGAGAAGAAGAAUGGGAUUCAACCUAACAGGCCACCAGAGAAGACCAGAGGACGGAGGGUACUGUGGGCAGAGAGGGCAAGAGUAAAGCCAAUAGUAGACAGGACAGUUGGAGGCAUUCAGGGUACAGCCUUCAGUAGACCAGUUUCUGUAGCAGAGGGCACAAACAAUCUGAAUCUAGCACCCCUUAGCUCCCCUAACCACACUUGCCCUCAUUUAGAGCAUGCUAUCCAUAUUGUAGGAUAUAGGUGCAUGCGGCACCUUUAGGCCACAUUCGUCCUUCAGUAAACUCACAUGAUCACUAUGGAUUAUAAUGAGGACUAAUGACCCCACAGUGAUUUUGAAAUGCCAGAAAAAUUCAGCUGAACUAAACUAAUGUCACGUUGCCUACCAUGCACCCAUCAGCCUUGGAAGGGGGUCCCCUCUUGUGUGAUCCUUCACAAGGUUUCUUCCAUCUUUACCUGUUAAAGGGUUUUGGGGGGAGUUGUUCCUUGCCCACUUGAGGGGGGGUGGCUUUAUCACGUGGGUUUUGUGUGACUUAAUUUUAUAUAUAUAUUUUAUAUUUAUAAGUAAUAGUAAAUAAUAGUUAAAUAAGUUCUGGCCAUACACAAAUUAUCAAAUCAAAUAAAAAUCAAUAAAAUACAAUACAAUAAAACAUCCACUGUUAUUUGAUAUUUCAUUCAUACUAAAAAAAUUAAUCCCUUGAAGUUUAAGCAAAUAACAUUUAUGACAGUUGGGGAAAUAUUUCAUUCUGAAAUGAUUAAAUGUUAACAGUCAAACCUGCAGUUUACUCAUUUAAACAUAUUACAGUUUAAACAUUUUUAAUCAUACCAACAUCCCUUUUUAAUUUCAUUCUUCAUUUAUUCAAUAAUAUAUAACCAUGAACUCAAAACAAAAAAUCAAACUGUACACCUAAAGGGAAACUCUUGAAAUAAAGCUAAACACUGUUGGUGCCACUGGAACACAAGCAUGUGAUGUUCUACCAGCUGCAGCUUUUAACAAAUUAUACAGUGAAUUGAGGAAAAAUUACCCGAAGAGGAGCCAGCUGAAUGUAGAUGAUAGAAAAAUGUUGCACUUUUUUCAUGCUUUGUUUUUGGACUGUAAAGAAGCAUACCCAAAAAUAUCUCUCCUGUGCCAUUAUUGUAUCAUAACAGUGAGGUCCUUAAGUGCCUCCUUGCCUGCAGCCACAAUACCAGUAACUGGGAAAACGUGGGCCAAAUAAGACCUAUAGAUUACACCUGUGUGUAUUAUGGUCGUUAGUACUGUCCAUCUAGAGUAGACAGCUGCACAUCCUGCUGUAAAGUGUGCAUUUUGUCUGGAUCUCCAUGCAGACACACACAAUUAUGGGCAGUGGUGGCCUAAAGUUUAGAGGUUGUCAGUUCAAUCCCCUGGACCGGCAGGAUAUAUCUGAGUGGGGAAAGUGAAAAGCAGCGCUUCC